AUGUCGCGCGUGCUUCGUCCGGACGCCAAGCCGUGGGCGCCGAGGGGCGGCUUCCGUGCGGGGACGCCGCAGGACGCGCCGUUUCUUGUCACGCCGCCGCCGCUGCCAUGCGUUGCGGCGUCAACUGACCCGAAUAGCGCCCCGCCGCAAAGUUCCACGGCCGCAAAGCUGUUUGUGGGUCAGCUGCCCUUUGAGAGCGACGAAAAGCGUCUGCACGACCUCUUCAGUGCGUAUGGCACGGUUGAGCACAUUCACAUCCUACGCGACGUCAACAACCGGAGCAAGGGGGCGGCGUUCGUCACGUAUUCCAACGUGGAGGAGGCGGACACGGCGAUCUUCACGCUGCACAACCGGUACAAGAUGCUGGCAAACCGCAUGCUUCAGGUGAGCUACGCCAAGGACAGCCCCCAACAUUUCCCCUCUUUGGUACCUACACUGCGCUGGCGGUGCACCAGAUGA